GUGUCUGCGCCAUCUUCGCCCAGAUCUGUGAACGCGGAAGAUAUAUACUUCAGAUACCUAUAAAAGAUGCGGAUGUGCUCACCGAUGUGGCUGCAUUUGGCGCUGGGAAUGGCCAUGCUGGGUGCUGUGUCAUUGCAGCAACUGCAAUCGUUCCCCAAGCUCUGCGACGUUCAAAACUUCGACGACUACCUCCGCCAAACGGGCAAGGUGUACUCGGACGAGGAGCGGACUUAUCGCGAGAGUAUCUUCGCGGCCAAGAUGUCGCUGAUCACGCUGAGCAACAAGAACGCCGACAACGGAGUGUCCGGAUUCCGCCUGGGAGUUAACCCUCUGGCUGACAUGACCAGGAAGGAGGUCGGCACCUUGCUGGGAUCUAAGGUCUCCGAAUUCGGCGAGAGGUACACGAAUGGCCACAUCAACUUUGUGACAGGCAAGAAGAGUCCGGCGAGUGCCAAUCUUCCGGAAAAGUUUGAUUGGCGCGAGAAGGGGGGAGUGACGCCCCCAGGUUUCCAGGGAGUAGGAUGUGGUUCCUGCUGGUCGUUCGCCACCACCGGAGCCCUCGAGGGUCACAUCUUCCGCCGGACGGGAGUGCUGGCCUCGCUGUCGCAGCAGAACCUGGUGGACUGUGCCGACGACUACGGCAACAUGGGAUGCGACGGUGGCUUCCAGGAGUACGGUUUUGAAUAUAUUCGCGAUCACGGCGUUACCUUGGCCAACAAGUAUCCGUACACGCAGUCGGAGAUGCAGUGCCGCCAGAACGAGACGGCCGGUCGUCCGCCCAGGGAGAGUCUGGUGAAGAUCCGAGAUUACGCCACCAUUACGCCGGGGGACGAGGAGAAGAUGAAGGAGGUGAUCGCCACCCUGGGUCCACUGGCCUGCUCCUUGAACGCGGACACCAUUUCGUUCGAGCAGUACGGCGGCGGAAUCUACGAGGAUGAUGAGUGCAACCAGGGUGAGGUGAACCACUCGGUUACGGUGGUGGGCUACGGAUCGGAGAACGGACGGGACUACUGGAUUAUUAAGAACUCGUAUUCCCAGAAUUGGGGCGAGGGCGGCUUUAUGCGUCUGAUCCGUAAUGCCGGUGGAUUCUGCGGAAUCGCCAGCGAGUGCAGUUACCCCAUUCUGUAGGCAGACAACUAUGUAAUACAGUUAGAUAGAUAGUAUAGACAAUUAAAAACCACGAAUUUAUAACUUUGUUACUAUAGUAUGUAGCGUUGCAGU